AUGGAGGGCUUAUACACAUGUCUGAGGUGCACUAGGGCCCUGACCGCUACAGGCUCAAGGCAUACCGCCAGCCGGGUGCACCGCUCGUUGACUGUCAACCGCUUGUUCACCUCAAGCUCUCCAACACUCCAUAAUCGUGCCAACACCAGCGAAGGCAUCGGCGCGGCCUGGAAACAGUCUGCAAAACAAUUGACACGAUCAUCAUCUACCUCUACAGCCCCUCUCGAGGAGCCCGACAACUUUGAACGCCACAACAUUCCUCCUACAGACUAUGGCGAAUGGCGAGCACACGGCCGAGUGCUCCUGCAACCGGACAAUCUCUUCCACCCGUUCUCCCAGUCACCCAUUCCCGAAAUAAGACAACGCGCUCGUUUCACGAAACAGCAUGCUCUUUGCCCGCAUCCUGCACAUCAACAAACAAGAGUCCCAACUUCUCCGUACGAUCCCGAGUCAAGAAAAAUCGCUGGAAAAAGCACGCAGCCGCCUUCCCAUGUGAGCUUCGAAUGCCCUGAUUGCGGAAUAGCUACAUACUGUUGCGAGGAGCAUUGGGCCGACGAUUUUGAAGCACAUCUUGAGAUUUGCGACACCCUACGACAGAUCAACGAAGAUGACCACGAUCUGAGAUCUGGGAGAUGGUUCUCCGAGUUUGAGUAUCCGGGACCACAGCUGGAUGAAAUCUUGGUCAAUUUGACCAGUUGGGACACUUUCUUAUACACUCGUCAGUUCGAGGCCAUUAACGAGGAAAGAAGUAUGCGCCAGGCCACGAGACUCCUGACGUACCCAUUGUCUAUUGGAAGUGUUCUACAUGAGCUGAGCCCUUACAACAUCCGGCGUGGAGGUAGAUUGACUGCGGAAGGCUUGAAGAGUUUGAGUGCUCUACGAUACACACUCCAUCCACCACGACAGGGUCAAGGUAUUUCCGUCGCAGGAUUGAGACUUUCGAGUCCACCCGUGAGGAUAUUUAUCCUUGGUGCGCGUGCUGAAUCCUCUCUACCACGUGAAGUCUGGACUCAGCUCAACCACAUAUUUCCCCGAGCCACCAUCCACCUCAACUUCAUUGGGCCAGAGUCCAUGUUAAAUCGUGACUCCGAGUAUCCACUACCAGAGCGGACAGCUUCUAACCCCUUCGGCGCAAUUGUGGAGGAUCGAAUCUCGGACAAAAUGAAGAUAACGACCUACGUGGACUAUUUCCAUACCCUGCACGAGGCCAACCUAUUCUACCCCUACGAUCCCUACUUCGACUGCUUCAUGCUCUACCACCCAGGCCUGGGCCACCCAGCAUCCUCCCACGAGUGGGAAAGUACGAUUCCGAAGCUGCUCGAGACCAAGAUCCCGAUCAUCUGUACCGGUUAUACGGAAUGGGAUAUGCAACGAGAUCAGAAGUGGGUAAUGGAGAAGUGUGCUGGAGAAGUGGACAUGUUGAUGGAGCCCGGAGAGAAUAGAUUUCGGUCGUUGAGAUGGGAUUUGAACGACCUUGAUCCCCAGGAUGUCAGCUGUGGCAAUUGGGGCAUCUGGGCAUUCAGAGGCAAGAGGUAUGAGGCCACACAUCGCAAUGUAGAAUAA